AUGCAGACCUUCCACCUUACAGCCACCGGCUACAACAUCAAUUACCUACCACAGUACAUCGCCCAACGGCACGCAUUCUUCGCAAAGCAAAAUCUCAAUGUAGUGACCACGAUCCCUACCCCUUGGGACGGUGUACUCGACGCCCUAGCCGACGGCUCGGCGCAUAUGGCACUCGGCGGCAUCUGGGUGCCCUCCAUGUACCGCAACCGCGUGCCUCAUGACUACACCGUCUUUGCGCAGAUUGCCAAUCGGUGCCCUUUGGCCUUACUGCGUCGGACUGAUCGAGCGCACAAAUUCGACCUCAAGAAGGAUGUCGUCGGCAAGACCGUGCUGAUGAAGUCGAUCGGCGGCGCCAGCGUCGGGCUGUGGUUCAAGAUGUUGCUGCGCGAGAAUGGCGUUGAUCCUCGUGAUGUGGACUUCGUGCAGGAUCUUGAUGGCAAGAUGUUGGGAACGCUUUUCGAGGGUGGCAUGGGAGAUUUUUUGGUCACCGACUAUUUAUCUGCAAGGGCGCUUGUAGAGGGAAACCCGAAUCUGUCGAUCGCGAUGGAGAUGGUCACGCAGGGCGAGGUGCCAUGGAGUGUGUACUACCGGGAGACCGCAACCAUCACGCCAGAAAUACUAGACAUGCAGAAGCGUUUCUGCCUAGGGCUAUGUGAGGCUAUCAAGUGGGUGCUAGCGAGAGAUGCAAGCGAGUUCAGGGAUGAGUUGGCAGAGCUGUUUCCGAAGGUGCCCGUCGAAGUCGCAAUUGACGUGGUCAAUUCGUUCAGAAAGAAUGGUAUGUGGAAGUCGCCUGUCAUUCCUCGCGAGGCGUUUGACAGAUGGCAAAAGGGUCUUCGAGAUGCCCGGUUCGUCCCGGAGCCGUUGCAGUAUAACAGCAUUGUGGACGAUGGUCCCGCGAAAGCGGCGGAGAAUGAGUCUAUAGCGCUGUAG